AUGAAGCGAUCAAGGCGUUCGAUUAUGCCUUUCAAUCGCCAUGAUUUGAGUCAAGCUACUUAUUGCAGAGGUGGACUGGGCCUUCAAAUCCAAGCGAGUGAGAGGAGGUUUCUUCAUACUCGUGAUAGUGACCAAGUUCUGGGAAAAGCUCAUCUCGAUCGCUCGUUCGAAAUGAAAUGUGAAGUUGAAGAAUAUCCUCAAGGCUGUUCAGUAUUGCCCCCACCACCACCAGAGCCUGUGUAUUCCGUCCAUAAGAGAGUUUUGCCGACCUCGUUGACCGCUAUGUCAUCACCGAGCGGAAAGAGAUAUCUGUUGGAGUUCUUGAGUGAUUCGGAAACGAAUUCGAAUUGCUUUUGGAGUCUAAUUGAACAGUUUCUCAACCAAAGUGAGCCUGCGUAUUGUGGCGUUACGACAUUGGUGAUGGUUUUGAAUGCUAUGUCCGUUGAUCCAGGAGUCAGAUGGCGAGGAGGUUGGCGAUUUUAUGGGAACGAGGACGUUCUGCUUGAUCGAUGUUGUUUUUCUGCGGAACGAGUGCGUAGGAUUGGAAUAGACAUGGAAGAAUUCAAUUUAAUAGAGUCGUUCCGUGAUGAUUUGCGUGCUACUAUGACUGACAAUGCCAGCAACAGGAUUCUUGUGGUUUCAUUCUCUCGAUCACAUCUCAAACAAACAGGAGAGGGACAUUUCAGCCCUGUGGCGGCCUAUCACGACGCAACUGAUCAGGCCCUAAUACUGGAUGUAGCAAGAUUCAAAUACCCUCCAUACUGGGUUUCGAUAAAAGAUCUAUAUGAUGCAAUGAUUCCUAUCGAUAGAUCCACAAAUAGUUCGAGAGGUUGGUUCCUACUCAACCCUCCGAAAAAAUGCAACGGAAACAAAGAACAUUCCGAAGCACGGCGACCUGCCGAAUUAGUUCCAGAGUUGGGAGAGGAGGAUGCGUGCCCGAUUGGGAGGGUAAAACGAAGAUAUUGUAAAGCAAAUCAGGAUGAAGCAACAAAGUGA